CUUUCUCCUAAAACCCUUCGCCACCGAACCAAAACCCUCUCUCUUCUCCCUCACCAUCGGCGGCUCUCAGUAAACACCGCCCUUCUUCCUUUUUUCCAGUUCAUUCUUCUUCAAAGAGCACGUCAGCCGCCAGAGCUCUUUCUUGAUUCUCCCCCAAUUCUUAUAUCUUUUCCAUCAAUCCAAUCACACACAGCGUCAUACACGCGCGUCUUUCUCAAUAUCUUUCCAUUGCCGAGAUUGCCCAAGGAGCAACUCCGUCUAGCUCCAAUCUUCACCAAACAAGUAAUCUUGGGGCCAGCAUUUUCCUGAAUUGGAUUUUUCUUGUUUAGAAUUUAUUAGUGCGGGGCUGAUCAGAAUUUUUGGGUUGACGAAUGAUGGGAAUAUACUUUAUUAGGGCAGUUAUUUUCGAGUUUUAGAGAUGCGAGCCGAGUUCAAUUACUGCUGAAGUCCAAAACCCUUUAGUUUGAUAAACCCGUCAUUCACGCUACUGUCGAUAGUACGUAUUGCCUUUUCACUUGGGAGUUUGGGUUCUUAUUAAUGGCUUCCGCUAAUCCGGGGACUGAAACUACAAAUGAAUCUUCGAGCUCAAAUGAGCCCCGUAUUGAACCUUUACGGAUGCCAUCCAUGGAGGAAAUUCGAGCCCAAGAUAUUUGGAACAAUUGUGCUGUUCGAAGUGUGGCUAGCGGAGUAAUGGGAGGUGGGCUGGGACUGUUCAUGGGUCUUUUCCUAGGUGCAUUGGAGAACCCAAUAAUGCAAGAUGAAAUGACUGCUAAGCAGCAAUUUAUUUACACAGCAAAGCAGAUGGGGCGAAGGAGUUGGGGUUCAGCCAAAGCAUUCGCUGUUAUGGGAUUGAUUUUCUCAGCCGCUGAGUGUGUUGUUGAGAAGGCAAGAGCAAAGCACGACAUGACAAAUACUGUUGUUGCGGGGUGUGCAACUGGAGGCGCAAUGUCAGCGAAAGGUGGUCCCAAAGCAGCUUGUGCUGGUUGUGCUGGUUUUGCAGCAUUCUCAGUUCUCAUUGAGAAAUUCUUGGAUAGGCAUAGUUGAGCAAACAUGUAUUCUGGUUUCAUUUUGUGAAAUUAAUUUAUUUCAAGUUUGGAAGCGGAACCGACAGCUUCAUCGGCUAGUUCAUCACUAUUCUUCCCGGAUCUUCUUUGCCCCUUUUUGCAAUUUAGUCGAUUCGAUACAGUCCCCAUUUAAUAAGUGGGACAUGCUAUUGAGAUAAGAAUUUGUAUUAUCUCCUAUUAUAAAUUUCAGUUUUGAUCAAUAUUAUUUGAUUAAUACAUGCUCUCCGAUGUUGGACUUCUGGUCAAUA